CAUACGCGCAUGUAUAUAACACUGUAGAUGCGUCGGAGAUAGCAGAUGUGUUUGAUUCAUUUCCUGAAGAUCUAGGAUCCUCUUCCUCGAAGCUCCAAUUCUCUGAAAUUCUUCAGCUAGUAAUUGAUCGGUUCCGAUUCGUCAGAAGCAAGAUCCGAUAUCAUUUGAUUCAGAUACUUUGAUUUCUCGGGUUCGUGAUCUGCAUGUAAAGAACAUUUCUUUGAUCGGAAAAUGGAUUCCGUACUUCUAGGCGAUGUCGCGUCUCUCGAUGUCGACUUGUUGCAGCUUCCGGAGAUGUCACCUCUGUCUCUGAAAUCGAAUCAGGAUUUCGUGAAGAAGCUCUUCGAUCAAUGGCUUUCGCUUCCUGAAGCUAAUCGGAUGGCAGCGUCUUUGCUCAAUGAUGCAAAGGCAGGCGUUCCUCUUAAUGUCUCUGGAGGUUCUUCUGGGACAAAUUCAGGCUCCAGCAGUCCUUUGGCUUCAAUGUUUCCUGCGCGAAAUACUCCCCCUCUUUCCCCAAGAAGCAUAUCUGGUUCUCCCCGUAUAAUGAGGCAAAGGACUGGCCUUUCCAAUCUUGCUUCUCCACUGAAAGUAGUUAGUGAGCCCGUUAAAGAAAUAAUACCUCAGUUUUACUUUGAAAGUGGCCGUCCACCAUCAAAUGACCUAAAAGAGCAAUGUGUAACCAGGAUCAGUAAUCUGUUCUAUGGCCAUGGGGGCGGUCUGCAAGUACAAGAGUUCAAACUAGUCACUACUGAGGUUUGCAAGCUGCCAUCAUUUUUUUCGACUUCUCUGUUCAAGAAAAUUGAUGCCAAUAAUACUGGUUUUGUCACAAGGGAGGCCUUCAUUGAAUAUUGGGUAAAGGGAAACAUGUUGACAAUGGACAUAGCAACUCAGAUUUUUAAGAUAUUGAAGCAACCGGACCAGAACUACCUUGUCCAGGAUGACUUCAAGCCUGUGCUCCGAGAACUAUUGGCAACACAUCCUGGGCUCGAGUUUCUGCAAGGCACACCCGAGUUUCAGGAUAGAUACGCUGAGACUGUAAUAUAUAGAAUAUAUUACUACAUAAAUAGGGGUGGAAAUGGUCAAAUUAACCUCAGAGAGCUGAAGCGAGGAAACUUGAUUGAUGCUAUGCAGCAUGCAGAUGAGGAAGAGGACAUCAACAAGGUCUUGAGGUACUUCUCUUAUGAGCAUUUCUAUGUCAUAUACUGCAAGUUCUGGGAGCUGGACACGGACCACGAUUUCUUGAUCGACAAAGAGAAUCUCAUCCGAUAUGGUAACCAUGCCCUCACCUACCGGAUUGUGGAGAGAAUAUUUUCGCAGGUCCCAAGAAAGUUUACAAGUAAAACUGAAGGAAAGAUGGGUUAUGAGGAUUUCGUCUAUUUUAUACUGGCUGAAGAGGACAAAUUAUCGGAGCCUAGUCUUGAAUAUUGGUUCAAGUGCAUUGAUUUGGAUGGAAACGGGGUUUUGACACGGAACGAGUUGCAAUUCUUUUACGAGGAGCAAUUGCAUAGAAUGGAAUGCAUGGCGCAAGAGGCGGUGUUAUUCGAGGAUAUUCUUUGCCAAAUAUUCGACAUGGUUAAACCAGAGGAUGAGAGCUGUAUCACUCUGAAAGACUUGAAGGGUUCUAAACUUUCGGGCAACAUUUUCAAUAUCCUUUUCAAUCUCAACAAAUUUAUGGCGUUUGAAACUCGGGAUCCGUUCCUCAUUCGCCAGGAGCGGGCGAAUCCGACAUGGACGGAAUGGGAUCGGUUUGCUCACAGAGAAUACAUCAGACUUUCGAUGGAAGAAGACGUUGAAGAUGCGUCUAAUGGAAGCGCUGAGGCAUGGGACGAGUCGAUCGAGGCUCCCUUUUGAGGUUUAUCGCGCUCCACGGAGAAUCCCGUGACCAUUUCGAGUUAACCGGAAAACGAAAAACAGAACGGUGACCCAACCGGAAACCAGAAGCCGAGAGAGGCUUUGUUUGGUUUGGCUCUGACGGUAUAAAAACCAAACACGUUGUGUUGUGGAGGAGACUUCAACAAUUUUUUGAAGCUUUUCAAGGGAAAGACAUAUAUAUAUAUAUUCUCACUUAUUUAUCUCAUACAAAUAAAUAGGGUCAAUAACAUAUUUUAGUUGUUACAUUUUUUUUCACAGAAGUUUCGGUAAUAAUGUUUGUUUGUUCCAACAUUCGAGUGGAUUUCUUUUUGUAUUUGGGAGAAGUCAAAUCCUUUUGGUACUGUGUUAAAUUUAACGAAUAAUGGUUGCAUUACUUUUUUCAUGCUUU